CACUGCCGGGUGUGUUGCGGUGGAAGUGUUUUGUAUCUGUAAAUCCCUGUUAUAUUUUAAUUGUAAACAAUGUGUUUUAUAAAUUAAUAAGACAUGUAACAAUAAAAACCAUAAAAGUUCAAUCUAAUGUUUAUAUUGAAGUAAUUUUAUAAGUUUUACAUUAAUGUGAGGUUUUGUGGCUUUGUCUUCGUGUGUGACAAUAUCUUCAAAAUGGCGCAUCAACUGGCACCGUCUGUAAAUUGUUCAUUAGAUGAUAUUGACCUCGGUGCAUUAAAGGAUCCUGCAGGAAUAUUUGAACUCAUAGAAGUUGUGGGAAAUGGUACUUAUGGCCAAGUAUAUAAGGGACGCCAUACAAAAACUGGUCAACUUGCUGCCAUCAAGGUGAUGGAUGUUACCCAGGAUGAGGAAGAAGAGAUAAAAUUAGAAAUAAAUGUAUUAAAGAAAUAUUCUAAUCAUCGCAACAUUGCUACUUACUAUGGUGCUUUCAUUAAAAAGAGUCCACCGGGGAAAGAUGAUCAACUUUGGCUUGUUAUGGAAUACUGUGGUGCUGGAUCUGUGACUGACUUAGUUAAAUCAACAAAGGGUCAGUCUCUAAAAGAAGAGUGGAUCUCAUACAUUUGUCGAGAAAUACUCAGAGGGCUUAGCUAUUUACAUUCAAACAAAGUCAUUCAUCGUGAUAUAAAAGGUCAAAAUGUUUUAUUGACUGACAAUGCUGAAGUGAAAUUAGUUGAUUUUGGAGUGUCCGCACAGCUGGAUAGAACGAUAGGCAGAAGGAACACAUUUAUUGGGACACCAUACUGGAUGGCACCAGAAGUGAUUGCGUGUGAUGAAAAUCCAGAAGCAACAUAUGAUAAUCGCUCUGACCUUUGGUCCCUUGGUAUCACUGCCCUCGAAAUGGCAGAAAGUCAACCACCACUAUGUGAUCUACAUCCAAUGAGAGCUCUCUUCCUCAUUCCCAGAAAUCCUCCUCCGAGGUUAAAAUCGAAAAAGUGGACCAAGAAGUUUCAUGGUUUUAUUGAGACUGUUCUUGUAAAGGAUUAUCAUCAGCGACCGUAUACUGAACAAUUAUUAAGACAAGCAUUUAUAAGAGAUCAACCAACAGAGAGGCAAGUAAGGAUACAGUUGAAAGACCACAUUGAUCGAUGUAAGAAGCGUAAGCAAGACAAUUCUGUACGUGAGGACUACAAGUACUCAGGUUCUGAAGGUGAAGAGGAAGAUAAUGCAAUCGCUGGUGAACCUUCCUCUAUUGUACACAAUGCACCGCACCAGGGAGGUGAUACCCUGCGCAGAAACUUCCAACAGAUUCAGGAGGGCAGAGCUGCAGAGGCGCAACAACCUCAACCGCCUCCGAAACGCAACAGCAAACGUGAGGAACGUGAAGAGAUUCCAGAGCCUGGACCACCGGCGAGGCCAUCCAUACCACAAAGACUGAUUGUAGUACCGGAUCCACAAGCACAACAGCCUAACAGAUAUAGGCCUCUACCACCAACACCAAAAUCAUCGGGUUCAUCAAACAGCUCUGAGAGAUCAAACAAUGGCACCCCACCAUCCAGUGGGCCCCAGCCCCCCCAAAGGGGAUCCCAUCACAUGUUUAAGCCAAUGCUUCCACCAAGAAGACCAGAGGAUUUGGACAAGUUGGCUGCUCAACUGAAUGAGUUGAGUGUUGUGUCUGGCAACGACCCACCAAAUCGACCUCCAAGGGCACCCACUAAUGGACAAGGACCACCCGUAGAGAGGAAUCAACCAGAGCCGACGUUUGAUGAUUCCGAUAGUGAUUCGGACGCUGAUGAAGGCGGCGGAAGGGUGCGGAAUGACGGCACUCUCCUGGCCAGCGAUCCACCCAAACCACUGCCGGGACUAUGCGCCGUGUCGGAGGACGGUGUUCCGGCCCCGCCCACUCGUCCACUCCCGCCGACUCCAGACGACGAUGACCCGCACGCUGAUAGGACGCUCGUCAAACGGGGUCGGGCGAGUGGUGCGAAUGAAGGCAGCGGUUCGCGCACCAGCUCAGUGCUCCCCGACCUUCUGAGUCAAGCAGGUCAGCCUACGACACCCCCGCGCCACGACAAGUCUACCAGCGAAGAGUACAGGCAAGCAAUAGCGGGCGGUGGCCAUGCGCCCCACCACCACCCCCACCCGUCGUCCGCCCAGUCCACCCCGUCCAAGUCGUUCAUCGCGGGCGCCGCCUCCCCCCACCCCCUGCAGCACUCCCCCUCCAACUCGUCGGUGGGGUCGCAGCAACAGUUCCUCCCUCUGUCUGAGGCAUAA